CCCAUCCUUCGGCUACUUUACCAGCUAUUUCCACCUCGAAGCUUCCUGCUGCUGUAGCUCCGAGCCGCGUCUGAGCAUUCCGAAUCUUUCCAGCACACAUCUCUAGACUAGACAGUCAAGAUGGUCAAGGAAACAAAGCUCUACGAGACUCUUGGAGUCAGCCCAGAUGCCACUGAGGCGCAAUUGAAGAAGGCAUACAAGACCGGUGCCCUCAAGUACCACCCAGACAAGAACGCCAACAACCCGGCUGCCGAACAAAAGUUCAAGGAGAUCUCUCACGCAUACGAAAUCCUUUCCGACUCGCAAAAACGCGCCAUCUACGAUCAGUAUGGCGAGGCUGGUCUCGAGGGUGGUGCGGGUGCCGGUGGCGGCAUGGCUGCCGAGGACCUGUUUGCUCAGUUCUUCGGCGGCGGUGGCUUCGGCGGCGGUCUCGGUGGUAUGUUUGGCGGCAUGAACCAGCAGCGUGCCCCCGCGAAGGCCAAGACUAUUCACCACGUCCACCACGUCUCGCUCGAGGAUAUCUACCGCGGCAAGAUCUCCAAGCUGGCCCUUCAGCGGUCAAUCCUCUGCCCCAAGUGCGAGGGUCGUGGCGGCAAGGAGGGUGCCGUCAGGCGGUGUGCUGGCUGCGACGGCCAGGGUACCAAGAUCAUGAUGAGGCAAAUGGGUCCCAUGAUCCAGCGCUUCCAGACUGUCUGCCCUGACUGCAAUGGCGAAGGCGAGGUGAUUAAGGAGAAGGAUCGCUGCAAGCAGUGCAACGGCAAGAAGACCGUCGUCGAUCGCAAGGUCCUCCACGUCCACGUCGACCGUGGCGUCAAGAGCGGUACCAAGGUUGAGUUCCGCGGUGAGGGUGACCAAGCACCUGGCAUUCUCCCCGGCGACGUUGUCUUCGUCAUCGAGCAGAAGCCCCACCCUCGCUUCACCCGUCAGGAGGACGACCUCCUUUACAAGUGCGAGAUUGAUCUCGUGACCGCCCUUGCCGGUGGAACCAUUUUCAUCGAGCAUCUCGAUGAGCGCUGGUUGAGCGUUGACAUUCAACCCGGCGAGGCUAUUGCGCCCGGCGCCGUCAAGAUGAUCCGUGGCCAGGGUAUGCCCUCGUACCGCCACCACGAUUACGGCAACAUGUAUAUCCAGUUUAGCGUCAAGUUCCCCGAGAAGGGCUGGACUCAGGAUCCCGAGGCCUUCGAGGCUCUUCGCAAGUACCUCCCGGCCCCCGCUGUUGUCAACGUACCGCCUCAGGACGCUAUGACCGAACCUGCGGAAUUGGAGGACGUUGAGGGCAGCGGAGCCGGCCGUGGCUUCUCCAACAGCCCUAUGGAGGAGGAUGACGAGCCCCAGGCCGAGCGUGUCCAGUGCGCCUCGCAGUAAGCGAGCUAAUUGGGCUGGGAAGCAGUACCAACCUUUUCCAUAAUUCGACGAUGAAUUGCGGAACAAACGACGGUCCGACAAACGUGCCAUGCACUGCCAUUGUUUGAGACUGGUCGUUGUGGAGGCUGGAUGAUUUGCAACGAUACUAAAUCAUUUGAUGCCUUCCUGUUCCCAUAAUCACCCUUUACGAAGCAAAUAUACCCGAUUGCUCGACCCUUUGUCGAGUAUUGCACAUUUGACGAGGCACGAUGUUUCAGGGGCCGACAAAACGAAGAGUUGGAGAAAGGAACUAAAAAGGGGAUAUGAUGCAAGGUGAAAACCGGUGAUAACUAA